CUCUGAUUUCUAUGCAAAUGAUUUAUUUUGGCCGACAUUGAGUAUGGACGAACACAAAUCAUAGGUUAUUUUAUUGUAUAAGGUCAUGAAGUGAGUAAAAUAAGAAAAAUAAGCUGAAAUAGUGGAAAAUGAACUCGUAUUAUCCAGCGUCGUUUUUCGCACAAUAUUCAUCAGAAAAUCCACACAUGUCUCAUAAUGUCGGUUAUAAUUCGAACAAUUUUGGAUUUUUAGCAUCAAGAUUUGCAGAUCAGUUAUCGGCGUAUCAUAAUAAUAAUUUUAAUUCUGAACAUCAUCGUCUGCCAUCGAACGGAUACUCAUCUUAUAACCAUCAGAACCAUGACGCUCAUUCAAGGCAGAAUUCAUCAGGAAAUAGUGGCGAACACGGAGGGAGACAGAAUUUUCAACCUCCCCCUGCACAUCAAUCCGAGGACAAUUUAGUGCCGCGAUCAUUCAGUAAUUGCAGUACAGAAAAUUGGAGCCCUCCACCUCAUGGAGUACAGUCAAGUUCACCAGAUUCGGUUCAUAACAGCACAAGUCCCUAUUCAACAAAUGCAGAUCCUUGUCCGUUGAUGUUACAGAAAAACUUAAAAACAGACCAGAGUCAGAAUUCAGGGAAUGAACCGCCAACGCCCUUUUAUCCAUGGAUGGGAAUAGUUGGUCCAAACUCAGCACACAGACGACGAGGGCGACAAACAUAUAGUAGAUACCAAACGUUAGAAUUAGAAAAAGAAUUUCAAUUCAACCAUUACCUCACAAGAAAACGUCGAAUAGAAGUUGCACAUCAUCUAUGUUUAACUGAAAGACAAAUAAAAAUUUGGUUCCAAAACCGUAGAAUGAAAUUAAAGAAAGAGAGACAGGUUAUAAAAGAUCUGAAUGACACAUCUGCAGUUAAAAUGGAUGAUAAAGACGAUGAAAAAAGUGAGGCCGGAAGUGACGAUUCACCAUGAUGGAGUUCCGUAGUUUUAUAGAAGUACUUUCGGAAGUGAUUUGAACGAGAAGCAUGACACGUGAUGCAGUUUGUAAGCGUUUCUAAAAAAACGGGUUGAUUUUUAUCUUGCCUAUCUUCAGCUCUUCUGUACACGAAAAAAGUUUCUAUUUAUGUUGUAGCAAAGCUGCAUUGUGUUAAAGACUUAAAACUUGUUUUAUCUUAAUAUCUACAAGUCGACGAGAGGGGGCGUUUAAUGAAAAAAAGAUGGAUCCCAACAAAUGCUUGCUUUGUGCGAGAUCUGCUUGACUGACUCUUGAAGUCGGACGAAAGGUCGUUAAAGUGUCACUGCAGAAAAAAUUGAGUAUAUCCUGCUUUUUAUGCGUAAUAUUUGAUCUUGAAAUUUAGGUUCAGUGUAUGGAACGCCUCUUCGUAUCAAUUAACAGCAGAAGAUGAUAGGUACCACCUGUCCGAUCAAUGUAUACCCACAAUGAGGUAUAGAAAUCAUAUUUACCUUACAAUUAACUGCUAUCAUUCCAGCGGUGUGCAGCUAACGAUUUUACUUAUGAAGUGCAAUCAUAUAGAUUUACAAAUAGAUGGAUAAGACGGUGCAAUGUUUCGCGACCAUAAUCUACCUGUGCCAUUUUUAAUGCCAAAUAAAGUCAAACAACUAGUGCUUCUUAUUUCAAAGACAUUUUGUACAGGAAGGUGCAAUUUUUCCUACUGCAAUAUCAGUGAAACAUUUGUGUGAACAAACAUUUGAUCACGUGCUUUUCAUCAGAUAAUUAUACACAAUUUUCAAUGAAGACAUACAUUUGUUUUCAAGAUUUAUUUGCGAAAGGUCACAGAAUCUCAAAUAAUCAAUAGCACUAAAGGCACGUGUACUUAAAACAAUUCUAUUGACAUUAAAACCUUUUGCAACAUUAAUUAUUUACAAAAUAUACGAUAUAAAUAUUUCUUUAUUAUCUCAACGUUAUUGUUCGUGUUUGUCCUAUGCUGUCUUUUGUAUGUUUGUGUUUAUGUUCGAAGGCGGGAUCGCCUCCUUAGUUCUCCAAAAGGGUAAAAAUACCAUGUACGUUUGUUAUGUUGUUAAAUUUUAUUGAAUAUGAAGGGUAAAUAUUAGUAUAGAAAUACAGAGAAAAUACUGUCAACUAGUAAAUGAAUUAUAGAAUGGCAUUAGGUUUAGUCUACAUAAGAAAAUAAUUGGAAUGUUAAAAUAACGACAAUGUAUGUGCAUAUGUACUUAAUUAGCUGUUCAAGUCUUUUGCUUGAAUAUUGGUAGUAACAUUUAAAUUAGGAAUUUUGGUAAGCGUUUACUUAUUUAUACCAAUUUCCAAAUGUGUCAAAAGUACUUCCAACGUUCCAUUAUUAAAUAUUUUUUUAAAGUGUACAUUUGAAUAAAUAUGUUUUCAUAUGCAUGUCCGUUCUUUUUUCUCAGGGUUUUCACAAAUUAAGCUUUUUCUAUGAUACAAAAAUUGUAAUUAUUAGUACUUUAGGGCAGGCCGAUUAGAUUUUUUUACUACAACAAUUAUGCUUUUUACCAAAUUUAACGAUUUUGAAAGAACGGUUUCGUUACCUCAUAUUUCAGGCAAAAUUUUUAGUCUUAAUUAAAAAAAAAUAUGAGGAUGAAGCCAAAGCGAGGCCAUAUUCAUAUUUAGUGUUGUAUUUUCUCUGUCGUAAUCUUUUAGUCAAUUUGUUAUAUUUUGUGAAUUUACGAACUGAAAUAACGAGAUUGUUAUACAUAAUUGUAUCAUUAAAAAGUUUAUAUUAUAAUUUUACUUCGAUAUGUGAAAAAUAUGAACAGACUUAACAUAUUAAUCAUAUAAAAAGUAAAUUAGUUAUUAUCUUAUAAGGGGUAUUUUUUGGGGGGGGCAAAUGAUGUACAUAACAAGUUUUUGGUCUGAAAUGAAAAAAAAAUUAUUUCAAAAACAUAUAAUCUGGCUUUAUUUGAUAUCCCUGUUUCUUUUUAGAAAAUAAGAGAGAAUACUUAGGCUAGCUGAAGUCUAAUAAACUUAGAAGUAACAACAAUUCAAAACAAAUCAACUCAACAUAAUACCAAUAACAGAAUGAUAACUUUUAGUUUUAUACUUUCAAAUGGUAGCUGUUUACACCAAAGCUAUAGGAUGUCUUUCUACUGUUCAAGUGAUGAUUGUUAACAAUGAUUUUCACUUAUUUCAAGCUGUAGUUGAUAACACUAAAAGCUGCAUUAUAUUUUUACUGAUAUUUCAAACGAUAGUUAUUAGCACAUAAUUUGUCAAACGUUUUGCACCCAAUUCUAACUAGCUGUUAACACCAAAGCUGUGCAAUGUUUUUCAUUGUUAUUAUCAACGAUAACUGUAAACACUCAAGUUGUCGACCAUUUUGACUUAAAGAAUAAUAAUAUAAUAUGAAUAUAUAUGGCGUAACCAAGCAACUAAAAAUAAGUUCCUAGUGUUACCAAUUUCAAUGAAUUCAUAAUGUUUUGUCUGUUUGUAAGUUUCAUCAUAUCAUUUUGCAGAAAUAUCAGACGGUUAUGGCGAACUGUCAAAUUCAUUGUGCAUGGCUAUAUAAAAUUAUCAAGUGUAGUUGAAAUAUUUUUUCAUGUUAGUUGAAAAAACGAAAAUAAAAAAUGCCGAAGUUAUA